CCCUUGCCCGCGGCAGAGUCCGGCUCCGACAAUGUCUACGUAAUCCCCUUUCAGAUUCUCUCCUGGUAUCCCCGCGUAGUGGUGUUCCCUGGAUUCAUUGAUAAGGCCCGCGCCGAGUAUGUCAUCAAAUUGGCCUCCAAAUUCAUGUACCCCUCGGGACUGGCGUACAGGCCCGGGGAGACGGUGGACCCCUCGCAGCAAACCCGCACCAGCACGGGCACCUUCCUGGCAGCUGCCAUGGACCCCGAGGGCGUAUUGGGCUGGGUGGAACAGCGCAUUGCCGCAGCUACGCUACUGCCGGCCGAAAAUGGAGAGGCCUUCAACGUGCUCCACUACGAAAAGGAACAGCACUACGACUCUCACUACGACACUUUCGACCCCAAAGAGUUCGGGCCGCAGCCCAGUCAGCGCAUCGCCACGGUAUUGCUGUACCUGUCUGAGGUGCUGGAGGGCGGAGAGACGGUGUUCAAGAGGGAGGGAGUCGAUGGCGAGAACCGCGUCAUCGGGGACUGGCGAAAUUGCGACGAUGGCUCCUUCAAGUACAUGCCGCGGAUGGGCGACGCAGUCCUGUUCUGGGGCACCAAACCCAACGGUGACAUUGACCCGCAUGCGCUGCACGGUGGAUGUCCCGUCAAGCGGGGGGAGAAGUGGGUAGCGACCAAGUGGAUUCGGUCCCGGGGCGCCAAGGGCUACUAA